AUGGCGCAGAAUCUGAUGCAGCACAGGCCUGGCAAGCUGCCUCCAUUCGAGCUCAGUGGGAACGGGGCUCGGGGAGGUGUGGAUGCCAGGACUGACUUCAGCCCCGGCGGCUCCCUGUCUCCUGACUCACUCUGCCGGAGUCACCGCAGGCGCCCGGCACAACUGUACCCUGUUGCCAUGGUCGCCAUACCUACUCUCUCUCUCCUAUUGGUCCUGGCAGAGUGGGCAGGUCUGGUGGACUCCUCCCCCCACCUCCUGCUCCGGCCCAGCCCGCGGGAGCGUGACGCGGGGGCCAUGAUGAACUUCAACAUCGCCGUGAUCCACGCGGGCGCCACGGUGCAGGCAGAGGCGGCGGUGGCGGGGCCUGGGGGAAGGGUGCUCUACCCUGGCUUUGGCCGGGUGCACAGCUCCCUGGGGGAGAGCGUGGUUACCCAGUGGGGCUCUGCUAACGUCAUCUGGCUACAGGUGAAUGACAGCAGUCCUAAGACGGUGCUGUCCCAGCUGUGUGAGCUGCUGGCGGCGCGGCCCCUGCAGGGUCUGGUCUACGAAGAAGAGAGGCCCCCGCCCACGGCCUGGGGUCCCUUGGCUCCCAUGCUGGAGUUUGUCUCUGCCCAAACAGGACUGCCCAUAGUAGCUGUAGGAGGGGGAGCGGGGCUGGGGAGGAUGCCACAGGAAACAGGUUCCAUCUUUCUCCAGUUCAGCUCCUCCACCGCCCUUCAGUUAGAGGUCAUCUUCGAGGUGCUGGAGGAGUACGAUUGGACGGCCUUCUCCGUGGUGUCCACGCGCCACCACGGCUACCAGGACUUCCUGUCGGUGGUGGAGGGCCUGACAGACGGCUCGUUCAUCGGUUGGGAGAAGAAGAGCGUGGUGAUCCUGAACGUGACUGACGACCCUGGGGGGGCACGCACGCGCAGGCUGCUGAAGGAGAACGAGGCGCAGGUGCGUCUGCUGUACUGCUCUCAGGAGGAAGCCGAGGUGGUUUUUCGAGCUGCCUGGGCAGCAGGGCAGGCGGGCGCCUCGCACAUGUGGUUCGCCGUGGGGCCGGCUCUCUCAGGUUUGGGCAUGGAGAGCUUGCCCCGGGCUCUGUUUGCUGUGCGGCCCCAGGGCUGGAGGGACGAGCCUCGCCGCAGGAUCGCUCGGGGUGUGUCUGUGCUGACUCACGGGGCAGUAGCACUGCGCAAGGAUUAUGGCGGCACGGGAGGGCCGAACUUUGUCACCAACUGCAUGACAGACGCCAAUCAAACCCAAAGACUGCGGGGCAGGAUGAGGUAUUUCAGCAACAUCACACUCGGUGGCCGGGACUACUCCUUCAAUAGCGACGGUUACCUGGCCAACCCCUUCCUGGAUGUAAUUUCCUGGACGCCUGGACGUGGAUGGGAAGAUGUAGGCUGGUGGGAGAACGGGGUGCUGAGGCUGCGAUACCCAGCCUGGUCCCGCUAUGGCCCCUUUCUCAAACCGCCUGACGACGCCCAACACCUCCGCGUCGUCACUCUGGAGGAACGGCCCUUUGUCAUCGUGGAGCUGGCAGACCCCGCCUCCGGGACCUGCAUCCGCGACUCGGUGCCCUGCAGACGACCUCUGAAUGCCAGCGCCAUCCAGGAGGGUGUGGCUCCCAUGAAGCAGUGCUGUAAGGGCUUUUGCAUCGACAUCCUCAAGAGACUGGCCAAGAUUGUUGGCUUCACCUAUGACCUUUAUUUAGUGACCAAUGGAAAACAUGGGAAGAAAAUUGAUGGGGUGUGGAAUGGCAUGAUUGGAGAGGUGGUGUACAAGAGAGCUGACAUGGCCAUUGGCUCUCUGACUAUCAACGAGGAGAGGUCAGAGGUCGUGGACUUCUCUGUCCCCUUUGUGGAGACUGGGAUCAGUGUCAUGGUCUCCCGCAGCAACGGAACUGUAUCGCCAUCUGCUUUCUUAGAGCCCUACAGUCCGGCCGUGUGGGUGAUGAUGUUCGUCAUGUGCCUGACCGUGGUGGCUGUGACCGUCUUCAUUUUCGAGUUCUUCAGCCCCGUGGGCUACAACCGCAGUCUGCAGAGUGGCAAGAAGGCCGGAGGGUCUACUUUCACUAUAGGGAAGUCAGUGUGGCUGUUAUGGGCCAUCGUCUUCAACAACUCCGUGCCGGUGGAGAACCCCAGAGGAACCACCAGUAAGAUCAUGGUGCUUAUCUGGGCCUUCUUCGCUGUCAUCUUUCUGGCCUCCUACACUGCUAACCUGGCUGCCUUCAUGAUCCAGGAGGAGUACAUUGACACGGUGUCAGGCCUCUCGGACAAGAAGUUUCAGCAUCCUGAGGAGCAGUACCCACCUCUGAAGUUUGGCACAGUGCCCAACGGGAGCACAGAAAAGAACAUCCGCUCCAACUACCCAGACAUGCACCAGUACAUGGUCAAAUACAACCAGAAAGGAGUGGAGGACGCCAUAGUCAACCUCAAGACGGGGAAGCUGGAUGCUUUUAUUUAUGAUGCUGCAGUACUGAACUAUAUGGCCAGGAAGGACGAGGGUUGUAAGGUGAUGACCAUAGGCUCGGGGAAGGUUUUUGCCACCACAGGCUACGGUAUCGCCCUGCACAAAAACUCACGCUGGAAACGUCCUCUUGACCUGGCCCUGCUGCAGCUGGUGGGAGAUGAUGAGAUUGAAAUGCUGGAGCGCCUCUGGCUAUCAGGUAUCUGCCAUAAUGACAAAAUUGAGGUGAUGAGCAGUAAACUGGACAUUGACAACAUGGCGGGGGUCUUCUACAUGCUGCUGGUGGCCAUGGGCCUCAGUCUGCUAGUGUUUGCCUGGGAACAUCUAGUCUACUGGAGGCUACGACACUGCAUGGCCACCAGUUCGGGCAAACUGGACUUUCUCCUCGCUGUCAGCAGAGGUAUGUAUAGCUGCUGUAGCUUUGAGGAUGAAACGGCACCGGGGGGAUCUAAAUCUUUGGCCACCCAUCAUCACGGUGCAAUGGUUUCAGUCCCGGCCCAACCGCAUGUUGUCACAACGUCCCUGACCAAUCCAGCCAUCGCCAUGACGCAACAACAGCAGCCGCCGCAACAGCAGCAACCACAGCCCGUCUACAAAACACCUCUACCGGGCUCUCCUCCCACUGUGGUGCAUUCUGGGACAGCAAUGGGUCCCUCGAACACCCCCAUCGUUGGUGCACCCCUCCCCUGCUCCACUUUCCUGCCGCGGCCAGACCGCAGACUGGCCGUAGUGGAUCGCUGGAGGUUGCCCAAAUCUGCUACAGCCACCAACCCUUUGGCUGUAAGGGGGGCCAUCACGGACAUGGGACCCUUUGCUCAGAAAGUUCCCCCAAACUGGGCUUCAACUGCUGGAGGAGGUGGGGGUCUUGAUGGCUAUAAGAGAUACUAUGGUCCCAUUGACCCUGAGGGACUGGGGCCCUGCAUGGAGCAGCAGGCAGGAUCCCAGACCCCCAAGACUAUGCCCAGGGGGGUUAAACCUCUGGGUACUCCCAGAAUGCCUCCUAAGAGCCAGGCCCCUCUGCCUCCUAACCCCCCGCUGCCACACCCCUCUCCCCCUCUCCCCUCAUCCUUCUGGAAGAAGCGCAGACCCAAGAAGCCUAAAGAGCCUGGAGGGCCUCUGUAUGAGAACAUUCUGCCUCUGGGGCGGAGGGGAGGAGGGAGGGAUGGAGUGAGGGAGGGAGGAGGAAGGAGGGCACGCCCCCUUUCUCCCCCUGUCUCGCUCCCUGUGCCCAUACCCCUCAGCCCCACCUACACCCCUCCUACUCCUUCUGCUUCACUACCCUACACGUCCUCGUCGUCCUCUUCAACCACUUCAUCCACAUCCACUUCUUCAUCUGCCUCCUCUUCGCGCUCCACCUCUCCCACCUACUCCUAUAGCUCCUCCAGGAGCACACGAGACAGGACUGGAGGAAUGGAUGGAGAGGAGGAUGAUGAGGAUGAGGAGCUGACCGAAGAGUCAAGCCUACUCCUCGGGAGAGGGAGAGAGAGGGAGCGCUCAAUAAUUCGGCCUCGCUCCCUCAGCCACGGGCGCCUGCCACCGCCCAUACCACCCAGGAAACCACGUAUGUCCUGGGGUGACAGAGAGAGGGAAAGAGAGAGGGAGAGAGGAGGAAGCCAGCUGUCCCAGCUCCAAGAGUGGUGGGCGGGUUGGAGUGAGAGAGAGAGGAGCGGAGGAGAUGCUGAGAGGCAAAAACGAGAGAAGAAGAGGAGGAAAGAAAAGGAGAGAGAGAAAAAGAAAAAGAAAAAGAGCAAAAAGAGGAAAAAGAGGGAAGAAAGAGAAAGGGAGAGAGAGAGGGAAAGGAAGCGACGGAAGGUGAAAAAGAAGAAGAAGAAGGCACUGAAGACAAAGAAAAGGAAGAAAUCAACCGGGGGGAAACGCUCUGAGCCAGAGGAGGGAGACAUAGAGCCAGAGAGAGAGGGAGAGGCUGAAGGAGAGAGGGAAGGAGGUGCCAUUCAAGACUACUCUUCCUUCUCAACCCAGUAUCGGAGCACAUUUGGGGAGAAAGGGCGGGAUUCUGCAUGGGAGGCAGAGAGGGAGAGAGGCAGGAGGGAGGGAGGAGAGGAUGAGGGGAAUGACAGGGAAGAGCAGGACAGCAGCAGAAGCAGAGAGAGGCGGCCCAAAUCCUCACGUUCUCAUUCCAGACAUCGAACGCCAAGUAAGCGCUACCCCAACCUCAACAAACUCCCUGCUUCAGUCAAGUUCUGGGUGACUGGCAACGGAGGAGGAGAUGACUCAAACACUCCCCCAACCUCCCUCCACCCGCUCCUCCCAUCCUCAAAGCGGCGGAGGAGCGGGGGGAUGGAUAGAGAAGAAGGUGGGAGAGGAGGAGAGCGGCGUCCCCUGUUAAUGCAUUAUGAAAGAGAGAGAGCACAGACUAGAGAAGGGCUGUCCUUCCAUGAAUGGGAUUCAGAGGACGAUGAAGAUGAUGAGGAGGAGGAAGAGAAGGAGAGAGUGAGGGAGCGGGUGGAGGAGAGGGUAAGGAGGGCGGGUAGGGGCGCACUGUCUGAGUCAGAGAGGGACAGGGCCAGAGCAGAGGAGAGCUACUCAGAUGAGGGCUCGUCAGGGGAGUUUGGCCGCUUUGAAAGGUACUGGGAGGGCGGGCCAGGAGGAAGCACCACUGGAAUAGGGGGCAUAGGAGGAGGAGGCUGGUUCUUUGGCACGUACCCCUCCAGAGAGAAAGGGGGAAGUAUCAACAGUCGGGAUGAUUCCCUGCUUGGGACUCGGGCAGAGGGCUGGAUUGGUGCUGAUUUCUGGGGCUCAGGGCCAGGUGUAGGGUGGGGUUCAGGCGGAGGUAGCGGAGGGUUGGGCUCUCAGUGGCCGCCGCCUCCCACAGCCCUCCCUCCACCUCGAAGAUACUGGUCUAUGGACAAGAUCCCAGUAAAGGGAGAGAAAAAGUGGAAAAGUGGAGGAGGGAAGGGCAAAGGGAGAUCUAGGGACAGGGGGGAGCAGGAAGCAGGAGGGGCCACAAUGUGUUCCUGUAGCCUCUACCCCCACCCUCACCCCUACCCACAUCCCCACAGCCGCUCGCAUACCUCCCACUCCAAGAGAGGAGCCACAGCCCUUUCCCACAGCCAAGAGGAGCUUCUGCCCCACUGCCACAGCUUCAGCGGGGGCUCUCGCCCCAAGCCUCUGCCCCCCAAACCGGACCCAGGCCAGGCCAAAUCAGGCAGCCAGUCUAACCUCAGCCUCAGCGCACAGCCCACCGAUCAUCCUCCUCAGCCCUCGCCAUCGCCGCCUCAGCAGCAAAGUGUGUCUCCAACCUCAAUGCCAAUGCCCAUCCCACCUCCUCCCUCCUCGUCCUCUGUCUCACCCCCUCCAGGGGUAGGGAUGGUGGGCCAGAGCCAAGCUCAGGCUUCGGCCAGUGCCAAACUCCAGUAUCAGAGACUGCGCUCAGUGCCACAGCCACGGAGGUUCUACUCCCCUCACCUGCCACUCAAAGCCAAGAGCCUGUGCUCCCGCCGAGGGUCGGCCCACUUCUCCAGCCUGGAGAGCGAGGCGACAGUAAGACGCCACACCAGAGUGACCUAUGUCCGUCUGGAUGGUUCCCAUGAUGAUGAGAGUGAAGGCGAGGCUGCAUCACUGGGGGCAGCAGCUCCUGAACUCCUCCUCCGCUCAGAAUUGAGCUUUGUGAUGUCAUCUUCGGUUCUCCUCCCCUCCCCAAGUCACAACUAUGGAUAA